GGUCACAUGACCCAUCAUGUGAUGCUACCCGGAAGUCCUCGACAACGCUUUGGUCGCAGGUGGCCUCCGAGCUGUGGACAGGAUGUUCUCGGCGGGCGCGGAGAGUCUACUGCACCAGGCCAGGGAGAUACAGGAUGAGGAGCUGCAGCGAUUCUGCACCCGGGUCACUAAGCUGCUGCAGGAACCUCCAGGGCCAGCCGCCGUGGAUGCCCUACAGAGGCUCUUCCUCAUCGUCUCAGCCACCAAGUAUCCCCGACGGCUGGAGAAGGUGUGUAUGGACCUGUUGCAGAACACCCUCUGUUCGCCCACAAAUCCUGAGCAGCUUCAGGUCCUCUGUGCCGCUAUCUUGAGAGAGAUGUCACCUUUUGAUGACCUGGCCCUGUCCUGUGAUCACACCCAAAACACCCGGCAGCUCAGUCUUGUGGCCUCUGUACUCUUAGCCCAGGGAGACAGAAAAGGAGAGAUCAGCUGUCUGAGCCAGCGCAUCUUCAAGAUCCUUGAGAACCGGCAGCCCGAGGGGCCCAGCGUCAGGCACCUCCUCCCCGUCCUGACCAAGAUCAUUGGCCUGGCCCCAGGCACCCUCGUGGAAGACCAGACCAACCUGCUCAGCAGAAGGCUAGUGGACUGGCUGCGCUACGCCAGCAUCCAGCAAGGCCUUCCAUACUCAGGUGGCUUCUUCUCUACACCCAGGACCCGGCAGCCUGGUCCCAUCACAGAGGUGGAUGGAGCAGUGGCUUCUGACUUCUUCACGGUCCUCUCCACGGGCCAGCACUUCACAGAGGACCAGUGGCUGAACAUGCAGGCCUUCUCCAUGCUUCGGAAAUGGCUGCUCCACAGUGGCCCUGAGGAUCCAGGCAGUCCAGAUGCAGAUGACAGGUCAGAGCUGGAGGGCUCCACCCUGUCUGUGCUCUCUGCUGCCUCCACUGCCAGCCGACUGCUGCCCCCUCGGGAGAGGCUGAGAGAGGUGGCCUUUGAGUACUGCCAGCGCCUAUUGGAGCAGAGUAACCGGAGAGCCUUGAGGAAGGGGGACUCCGACCUACAGAAAGCUUGCCUGGUGGAAGCUGUGUUGGUGCUGGACGUGCUGUGCCGGCAGGACCCCUCCUUCCUUUACCGCACCCUCUCCUGCCUGAAGGCCCUGCAUAGGAGGCUAGGUGAAGACCCUGGCAGUGAGCGGGCACUGGUGCCCCUUGCCCAGUUCUUCCUGAACCAUGGGGAGGCAGCCACCGUGGAUGCGGAAGCCAUCUACCAGCACCUGCUCAGCAGGCUCCCUUCCGAGCGCUUCUACAGCCCAACCCUGGCCUUCGAGGUUACACACUUCUGCACGCGCAACCUGGCCCAGUUCGACCCCCACUUCCUCAGCCUCCUCAGGUUGAGCUUCCCUAGUCUGUUCAAGUUCCUGGCUUGGAACAGCCCUCCCCUCACAGCCGAGUUUGUGGUCCUCCUCCCGGCUCUGGUAGAUGCCGGCACCGCCGUGGAGAUAUUGCACGCACUGCUUGACCUGCCCUGCCUGACAGCUGCUCUGGACCUACAGCUCAGGUCCUCACAAACCCCAUCGGAAAGGCCGCUUUGGGAUGUCUCCCUCAGGAUUCCCAACUGCCUGGAGGCCUUCCGGGACCCACAGUUCCAGGGACUCUUCCGUCACCUGCUUCGUACCAAGGCCAGCGGCUCCACACAGAGAUUGACACCGCUUCACCAGCUGCUGAAGCCCAUGGCCAGCUGUGGCCGGGUAACCCAGUGUUCGGAGGCGGUGCCCAUCCUGCUUCAGGCCUUCUUCUCAGCUGUGACCCAGUUUGCUGAUGGGGCCCUGAUCAACCAGCUGGCACUGCUGCUUCUAGACAGAAGUGACUCCCUCUACCAGGUCCCUCAGUAUGAGGCCAGUGUGCACAGGGUGCUGAGCUCCCAGCUUCUGGUGCUAUGCAAGCUGAAGCCAUCAUUGGUGGUGGAGCUGUCACGAGAGCUUCUGGAAUUUGUGGGGAGCGUGAGCAGCAUCUGCAGCCGAGCCAGCAUGUUCACCUGUGUGGUAUGGGCCAUUGGUGAAUACCUGUCAGUGACCUGCGACAAGAGAUGCACAGUGGAGCAGAUCAACAAGUUCUUUGAAGCACUGGAGGCCCUGCUGUUUGAAGUCACCCAGUCCCGCCCCUCGGCUGACCUGCCCUGCUGUCCCCCACAGGUGGUCACUGUACUCAUGACCACGCUGACCAAGCUGGCCUCCCGGAGCCAAGACCUGAUCCCAAGGGUGUCAUUGUUCCUGUCAAAAAUUCGGACCCUGGCCCAGAACCCAGCCACCAGCUCCGUGCACAGUGAGGAGGAUGCAGAAGCCAUCCGUACCCGGGCCACAGAGCUACUGACUCUACUGAAGAUGCCCAGUGUGGCCCAGUUUGUGUUCACACCCACUGCAGGCGUGUGCCAGCCUCGCUACCACCGAGACACCAACACAGCCCUGCCUCUAGCCCUGCGCACCGUCAGCCGGCUGGUGGAGAAGGAGGCUGGCCUCUUGCCAGGUUGAAGAAGGGACAGUCACCACUUGAACAUUGACUACAGUUUAAGAGCCUGGGCGGCCAGCCUGAUACUUGAGUUGAGCUGCAAGUUGGGGCGACUGGAGGAGAGUGGGGAGGAAGGUGGACAUGGCCCUGAAGAUGGGAUCACUAGUUCCUGGAGAUGCAUCAUCCAGCCUUGUCCCAGUGGCUGGUCACACUCGGCGUUGAACAUGUGAUAGAUGGCUGAGCGCUUUUCCCUAGGCUGAGCAGAAGCGGCCUGGCUACUCACUGCUGUUAACUUGUUCCUAGAGUUGGGGUGGGAGCAGUGCAGGACCAAUAAUAAGCUGCUUAUGCUGGGCAGGGGUGGCACACGCCUUCUAUCCCAGCACUCUGGAGCUGAGGCCAGCCAGGGCUACACAGAAACUAAAGCACUCACACCACACACACACAAAGAAUUUUAGUGCUUAUGUGUAGGUGCUAUGCACACACCACAACACACAUGUGGAUAUCAGGAGACAGCUUUGGUGACUCAGUCUCUCCUUCGUGUGGGUCUUGGCUGGUUGUGAGGCUCGGUGACAAGCACUUUGCCUACUGAACCAUCUUGCCUUUCCCCAAAUAAACCUUUAAGUGCUGUGUACAGCCAAGAUCUCUCUGCCGUCCUCAGACUGGGAGACAAUCAGAGCCUGAGCAUGGCCUGGAGCCUGGGCCCUUCCUACCCUGUCCUGUGUGGAAGGAAGUGGCCGGUUCUCAUGCAGAAAAUCCCUGGUCCUCAUGUUUAGCUCUGGUGUCUUAGAAGUGACAAUACCAGGAGAUGAGGCUGUAGCUCAGCCAGUGGAGUGUGUCCUCCGUGCACAAAGUCCAGCAUGACCCAAGCAUUGUAGCACACCUGCAGUCCCAGCACUUGGGAGGUGGAGGCAGCGGGGUCAGAAGUUCAAGCUCACCCCUGGGUAUGCAGUAACUCAGAGGGCUGCCUGGACUACAGAAGAAAUUGGGCCUGGAAGAUGACUCAGCACAUUAAAGGCUUUGUCAUAGAAGCCUGAUACCCACGUUUGACCCCUGAUCCCAGGUGGAGAGCCAGGUGCCUGGUGUGUGCACACCUGCAGAAACUGCGUCCGUCCAAAGCUCACAGGCCUGCUAGCCUGGGGUACGCAGAGCA